UCCAUCUGUGAGCUGGCAGCAUGCAGGUGUAUCGUACUGUGUCGGUGGGUUUCAAAGACUGAAGUGAGAGACUAAAACCAAGACUCAAGGGAGAGGUUGCAAACAGGAUGUUACAUGCACAGCGAUUUAUUGAGAGUGUCGCUAUCUUUAUCCGUUCGGUUUUAUAGACACUUGGAGAAUGCGUUAAGAUCGGAGCAACAACUCGGAUUCGUGAACCUGCUCUGUUUUUAAAGAGAAGAGACAAUUUCAAGGCAACAGGGUUGAUAGCUUUCUUGAAAACAGAUAUGAACACCAACGAUGCGAAGGAGUAUCUCUCCAGAAGAGAGAUACCACAACUGUUUGAGAGUCUGCUUACUGGUUUGAUGUACUACCGACCAGAUGACCCCAUAGAUUAUCUUGAGACCUGUCUUAAGAAGGUGAGGGAGCUGGGUGGAACUGAUAAAGUUCGAUGGGACACAUUCGUUGGGCAGGAAAAGAAAUCUUUACCGCCACUCAACGGUGGGCAGUCACGACGAUCCUUUUUCCGAAACGUGCUCCCAGACAGCCCGAACUUCCCAUAUCGGAGAUACGAGCGCCUCCCACCCAUUAACCAGUUCUCCAUUGAGAGUGACUCAGACCUGUCUGAGACAGCAGAGCUCAUAGAGGAGUAUGAAGUGUUUGACCCCUCUAGACCAAGACCCAAAGUCAUCCUCAUCAUAGGCGGUCCAGGCAGUGGUAAAGGUACACAGUGUUUGAAGAUCGCCGAGCGCUAUGGCUUUGAAUACGUGUCAGUAGGAGAGCUCCUGAGAAAGAAGAUGAUCCAUAAUGCCAGCAGUAACAGGAAGUGGAGUCUGAUUGCCAGAAUCAUCACCAAUGGGGAACUGGCACCACAGGAAACAACAAUCACAGAAAUCAAGCAGAAGAUCAUGAAGAUUCCAGACGCCAGUGGUAUAGUCAUAGACGGCUUCCCUCGAGAUGUGGGACAGGCACUUUCUUUUGAGGACCAGAUCUGCACUCCAGACCUUGUGCUGUUUCUGGCCUGCUCUAACCAGCGUCUGAAGGAGCGUCUGGAGAAGCGGGCCGAGCAGCAUGGUCGCCCGGAUGACAACCCUAAAGCCAUAGAUCGACGCUUGACUAAUUUCAAACAGAAUGCCAUCCCUCUGGUCAAAUACUUUCAGGAGAAAGGCCUCAUCGUCACACUUGAUGCAGAUCGAGAUGAGGAGGAAGUGUUUUAUGACAUCAGCAUGACAGUCGACAACAAGAUGUACCCCACCAAAGAGCCCGUGGCAGGACCCAGUGAGCUUGACCUCAGUUUACUAGCAGACAGCUGUAGUCUGGCAGAUGUACCUACCAAAUUCGAUGAACAGACUGAUGAAGAGGUUUCAGGAUACGCAGAGGCAAUUGCAGAAAGUUUUCCAGCAGAGACCAAGAAACCAAAGGUCAUCUUUGUGAUUGGUGGGCCUGGAUCAGGAAAAGCUCUUCAGUCUGAGAAGAUAGAGGAACGGUACAGUUUGAAACGACUGUGUCCUGGAGACAUCCUGUGCAGUGAGUUACAGUCCUACAGCGAGAGAGGACGGUUUCUCCGAGACCUCCUGGAGAGAGGAGAACAACUUCCAGAGGAGACCGUGCUGGAUCUGCUGUGCGAGUCCAUGGCGUCAACCGUACGUCAAGGGAAGGGUUUCCUUGUCACUGGCUUUCCAAAGAACCUAAAGCAGGCACAGGAGUAUGAAGCCAAGAUCGGACUGCCCGACAUAGUGCUGUUGUUGGAAUGUUCUGCAGACAUCAUGGGCAGACGGCUGCAGCAGAGGGCCAGAUGCAGUCUGCACACUAAAGAAGCUCGUGACAGAGACACUCGCCGCAGGGUGGACGGAUUCUGCAGUUUGGUCAAUCCAAUGGUCAAUCACUACGAACACACACAAAUCCUACACAAGAUUGAUGCUGAGCGGCCCCCGGAGGACGUCUUUGAGCAGAUCUGUCUGGUCUUGGAUUCCUGCUAGAGACCUUGGAAUCACACUGCCCUCCUGAGGACACAACCCUCAAAUACAGCUGACUCACACUCAACAUUUACACGCUCCCGUUUCCUCACUUGCACACUUACAAACUUCAGACAACUAACAGCCAGCGAUCAGUUUCACAUCUCACGCCAACCACAUUCACUGUAUACACCACCAGAAUAUUAAAUCUACCAGUGGUAUACCAGUGUUUAUCUCUUGGUUAUGAACGGUUAUGCUAUACGCUUACGCAAGUUUUUACAUACAGUGGUUCAGUGGUAUAAACAUAAGUUUGCAGCAAAGUUUCUGUGUCUUUGGAUCAUGUCACUCAAACGUCGUAACCUUAAGAACAGGAAUCUGCACAAGUUUCAUGCUUCAUAUUGUGCUAAGCAUUCCAGAAUAGUAAUUUAUUGCCAUUGUAUAGUUAAUUGGAAGCAGAAAUGAAUGAGCUGAAGGGGAAACAGUUUGACUAUUAAGCCGUGGGCAUAAUAAAUUAAUUUCACAAUGA